GCCAGACCUCUCUCCUCUCGCUGUGAUGUGAUUUGCUCAGCGACUUCCCUUGCCAUCUGAGGGACUCAGCCAUCCUUUUGAAGACUGGCUCCGUCAGAUGUCUGCAGGGAUUCAGAGGACCUGCUCUCUGGCUCCAUCCUGUCCCUGCUGUCUGGCCACCAGUUUUAGGUGUCCCCAUGCCUUCUCCCACAGACCAUGUCCAUGAUCUUCUUCACUAGUGUGGUACGGGUGAGGGACGGACUGCCCCUGUCAGCCUCCACUGACUUCUACCACGCCCCAGCCUUCCUGGAGAGCAGGCGGCGCCUCAAGGCCUUGGCCAUGCAGCUGGCCCGGCACCCGGGCCGGGGCUCCGCAGAGAGCCAGGACUUCCGGAUACACUUCUCUUCUGCAGGGGAUGUGGCCUGCAUGGCCAUCUGCUCCCGCCAGUGCCCUGCAGCCAUGGCCUUCUGCUUCCUGGAGACCCUGUGGUGGGAGUUCACAUCGUCCUUCGACACCACCUGCAUCAGGCUUGCCUCCAGGCCCUAUGCCUUCUUUGAGUUCGACAGCACCAUUCAGAAAGUAAAGCGGCAUUUUAACCACGCGGGCACCUCUCAGAUGCAAAGCAGCUUGGAGAAAGUGCAGGAGGAGCUGGACUUCCAGCCUCCGGUGGUCCUCUCCCUGGAGGAGGUAGACACGGCCAGCAGGCUGGCGAACGGCCAUGUACCUGUGCUCCGGCAGCCUGCACCCCCUUUCCGCAUGGAGCCUGUGACUGCCCUGGGUGUCCUGUCCCUUGUCCUCAACAUCAUGUGCGCCGCUCUCAACCUCAUCCGCGGAGUCCACCUCGCAGAGCACUCCCUCCAGGUGGCCCAGGAGGAGAUUGCAAGUAUCCUGGCUUUCCUCAUUCCCUUCGUAGCCUGUAUUUUCCAGUGCUACCUGUACCUGUUCUACAGCCCGGGGCGCACGGCCAAGGUGCUGCUGCUGCUGCUCUUCAUCUGCCUGGGCAACGCCUACCUGCAUGGGCUGCGCAACCUGUGGCAGAUCCUCUUCCACGUGGGCGUCGCCUUUCUGUCCUCACAUCAGAUUCUCACGCGACAGCUGCAGGAGAAGCAGUCGGACUGCGGCGUGUGAGGCCGCGUGCAGGCACUGGCUUCCUCAGAGGUCGGUCCUUGCCUGCCUUCCGCCUUCAGACCUGACCUGUUUCUGGCUGUGGCACUCGGGUGCAGAGCGGGAGUGAGGGUCCCAGCAGGUCCCGCCGUCCCGCGCGCUGAGGACGCCCUGGCCUGUGAGCUGAGCAUUGGCUCUUUAUCAUAACA